UGCUUUGGCCAUGAGUCCACUUAUUGAUUCUAUAGCCCCUGGGAUGUACUGUACAUGUUGUGGUUCUGUACAUGUACAGUGUGUGUCACUACAUGUACAUGUACAUGUACUUGCAGAGUAACCACUGGCGUCAACUACAUGUAGUAUUUCUACUCACAAUUUUUGUGUGCUCGGUUUCCUGAGAAGAGUACUAUAGUUUUAGUGGUAAAAUGGCAGCGUUACCGCUAUUGUCAGCCUAUGGUCCAUACAUGUUGUAUGUGCUGGGCUUAACUCUGUGCGUUAUCCUCGGUUCCUGUGUCGUGCUGGUGUUAGCAUGGGCGCUGCACACCUACAACGUUUAUCAGAAGUAUCGUCAUCUGCCGGGUCCAAAGGUGGCACAGUAAGCAUGAAUUUCAUUUUUUGCUUCUUCAGUGGACAUGCCAUGGCAGUAAGAGAUGCUCUUAGCCCGGGCAAGCUCAUAUUUGGUGAUCUCAUCUGUCAGUGGCGUCAAGAACAUGGACCAGUAUUUGUGCUGUUUUUCUUUGCUCGUUCAAUGAUCAUUGUGAGUUCCCCAGACGGCGUAAAAGAGCUGAUAGUACAAGCCAAGCAUCCUAAGGACAGCGGAACCUACACAAGGAUUCAGAGGCUCCUCGGUGAGCGUUACAUGGGGACCGGUCUAGUCAGUGAGAGAGAUCACAGCACUUGGGCUAUCAGACGAGCUAUCGUGGAUCCUGCAUUCCACCGAAAGUACCUGAAGCAGUCCAUGACACAGUUCAACAGCAGCUCGGAUUUGAUGAUCCAACGACUGCAGAGCAAGGCAGACGGCGCUACACAGGUCACAUUACUGGAUGAACUCAAUAAAGUCACGCUGGAUGUCAUUGCUAAGGUGUCCUUCAGUUGUGAGCUGGACAUCAUGGUGGAUGGACUGUCUCCGUUCACGGACGCUGUGCGUGUAACUCUUGAUGCAUUGGGGAACUUAAGUAGAGCACCAUGGUUUGAGUACAGCCCUGUGAAAGCUGACAGAGAUAAGCGCAAGCAGAUCCGGGAUAGCUGCAAGCUGCUACGCCAAUUUGGCGAGAAAUGCAUCCGUGAGCGUCUGGCGGCCGUCCAGCGAGGCGACGAGGUACCAGCUGAUUCCCUGACCUACAUCAUCAACGCGACGGGACAGCUCACGCAUGAUUGCUACAGCGUGGAGAACAUGGUGGACGACUUUGUUACCUUCUUUGUCGCAGGCCAAGAAACCACAGCCAACCUUUUGACCAGCUGUAUGCUGGAGCUUUUCCACAACCAGCCAGAAGUGUUGUACAGAUUGAAGAACGAAGUGGAGAGUGUGAUAGGGGACAAGAGUGACGUUGCAUUUGAAGACCUACCCAAGCUGGAAUACAUGGCUGCGGUUUUGAAGGAGAGUUUGCGCCUUUUCCCACCAGCUGGGGGUACUGUCCGUCAGACAGCCGAAGAAUGCUACAUAAAUGGCCAACGGAUCCCUGCUGGUGCCACUACAUUGGUGUCCAUUUACGUCAUCGGACGCAUGGAGGAACACUACAAAGAUGCCACAGUGUUUGACCCGGACCGCUUCAUGCAGCAAGAUGAACAUGUUCUCUUUACAUUUCUUCCCUUCUCCCUGGGCCCAAGGAUGUGCAUCGGCAAGAAUUUUGCACUGAUUGAGGCCAAAGUUCUGCUGUGUAAACUCCUGACCAACUUUGACUUCAGCCUGGUUCCGGACCAGUCAUUUGACAUGGCCACCAUUGGAACAUUGCGUCCAAAAGAUGGCUGUAAAGUCACGCUCAAACCAAAGAGUACUUAGGUGGAUCAAAGCUGUGUUCCCUUUUGACUUUCUUUGGUUCACUUACUGUGACUUUCUUGCAGAAUGACAAAAUUAAGUUGACCUCCCUGUCAACUUACCGCGACUGUGAUGUAAAAUUACCAGACUGAAAGUGGUCAUGGUAAGUUAUCAGGGACAUUCUGCCAGUUACUCACAUUGAAUAAAUGUUCCGUCGGUGUUUAGAAAAGUCCGAGUGGGAACGCACGGUAGACUUACGCAAAGGAAUGUUGCAGUAAGUUUCUGGGCAAGAUUACCAUAUGCGAAGUUCACUAAUUUUCCUCUGUAUUGACUAUUACAAGCCCCCAGAUUGCAAUUUCAUGUCAUCAAAGUCAAUUUGAGCAGUGAGAAAAUACAAGCAUUUUCUUAGAAAACACUUAGAAUUUUUCAGUCCAAUCUCAUAGGGUUUGUACACAGGGUGUUGAGUGAACUUCGUAUAUGGAAAUCUUUCCAGUUUCUGCAUGGCCGUGGAAAAGAAAAGUCCAAUGGAACAUGGCUAUAGGUGGAGGGGCGUGGUUCUGGGACAAAAAGGGGAGGGGGGCAUAGACAACAGAUAGCAUCUGGAAUUACCAUGAGAUCAUAUAUACUCAAGAGAAAUGUGGUGGAAAUGAAUUUAGGCAGAGCUGGAUUUAGGGGCGUGGCUAAAUAGAAUGCGCAAUUUUUGUUCAAAGCCUGCACUUGAAAUUCAAAAUCCAAGUUUAAUACUUUAUUCAAGCACAAAUGUAAAGUGCUUGAUGUUAUCAGAAUGCAAAAAUGAAAUAAACACAUUUUUUUUUCACAACAAAACUUAUACAUUUAUUCUAAACAUAAAACCACAAAUUCCAAAAAAUUCCUGAAAGUAUAACUGAUUGUAUGAUAGUUUUAAAAUACCGCUAUUUUUAAACAAUAGUGUGUUGUAUUUUUAUUACAGUACUUGAAAUUACCAUAUUUCUACUUUUCUAAUGUACUGAUAUAUUUGUUUUUUGUAUCAACUAUUUCGCUUAAUUUUGUACAAAGUGUGUAUUCAAAAUCUGAGUUUAUUAUUAUCAGGCAUGCAACUUCUCCUCGAAUCAGCUUAUUUCCUCUUUUUUUACUUCCCAUGUGUCCCAUUGAAAAUAGAAAAACACUGUACAAAGUCCGGGACAAAUUUGGAUUUCCUCUUUUUUUCUGAUUUCCCAGUUGAAUGCCUGUAUUAUGCUACAUGUAUGUUAUUCAGGCAAAAAUGUAAAGUACUUUUUACAGGAAUGCAACUUUUUUUUUAAAUAUUCACAUUUAUGCACUAAAGAAUAUAUAUUCCAAACAUUGUAAAAAAAAAAAUACAGAUACUAAAACAUUGUGAUCGUUUAAGUAAUUGUAAAUGACUUAUGUGCUUAUAAAAAUAGGAUUGCAUAAAAUGAAUUCCAGACUUGAA